AAAAAGAAAAACAUCAUGUUGUGUUUACGGUAGAAUGAGAGGACGUCGCGGGCGUGUUUGAACUUCAAAUGAUCAAAGGAAUGAGUAACUGAAUUGUACCAUACAUUAUCGUUAUCGCGAUGAGUAUAAACGGUGAUGAUAGUGACGAGGAGCGUUUCGAAGAUGAUAGCGACUGCAAUAUUAACGCUAGUGAUUACGGCGAGGAGGGUGACAGUGAUGAUUCGAUUGAACGAAGCCGAGCACGUGCUGCAGGAAGAUCUCAAGAAUACGACGGAGAUGAGGAUGACCCAAACAUGAAGAAAUACGUUGGACCUGUUCUUCCAGGGGGCCACAGAUUCGAUAGAAAAUUUAUAUGCAUCAAAUAUCCAGGCAAUGUGAUUAAUCCAGAGAAAGCUAUCGAGACUCUGGGUGGAUUAGCGUCUAUUUCAACGGCUGUCGAUACUCACAAUCGAAGACUCGAGCUUAGGUUUAGGCCUGAUGAUGGUUAUCGCAAACCAGCUUGCGGUGACCGGCAUUUGACUACUGGGUUUUUGCUGAGAAUCAGAGUGAAGAAAAAACAGGCAAAUGAUACUCAAGAGACUAAGGAACCUCUGCAAACAAACUCACGAGUAAUGGAAGUUGUGAAUUUGGGAACCACCAGUCAAUUUGUGAACACCGAGAACGUUUUUUCUGAAGCAUUGAGCAAGACUUUGAAAACAGUUGUGGAAAAGGAAUCUGAGCUUUCAAGGACAGAGAUAGAGGUUAAAGAUUUAUUAAAAGACUUGACGAAUCAAGUAACAACGGAUUGUAACGUUAGUGUAAGCUGCGAAAGUAAAGAGAUAAAGAAAGUCGAUAUCAGAGAAGUAAAACCGGAUUGUUCUGAUCAGGCUGAAUGCAACGAAAGUAACGAUCAGUUCAAGUCCAAGAAAAACUGUUCUCUGCCGUUUGAUAAGCAUAAAUACAAAGAUUUAUCCAGAGAUGAUAACUACGAGCUGCCAAAAUUGAAAGUUUUGGGUCAAGUUGAUACCGAAUUUAGAUUCAAGAAUCUCUGCGAUUUUCAGUUCCUACCAUUAACACCAAGCGCAGUAGAUCGUGGCGAGAAUGAAUGCAUAUACGAUUCCAUAUUCCCAGUUGGUCUGCCACCAUACAGUUGGCUGAAAACUAAGGUCCCGUACUUUUUGCCACCUGCUGCUUUUAGCCGAAUGGACAAUGUCCAGUUGUAUGUACCAAAAACGGGAAAAGAUGCAUUAUCAGGAAGCGCGAUAGGUAAAACGCGAAAGAGGCGAGGAGGGUUCUCUAAUUUCGUAAACUUCCAUACACGAGAUAUUCCAUCAGAGCCGCCGAAGGGUAUAGAAAACGCUAUGAGAGUGAAAUUUCUUCAAAACUAUCACUUGGAAAGGGUGAAAAAGUUUUUUGAACAAAGACCGAUAUGGUCAAAGAACGCUCUAAUGUACGAAACAAAAUUCACGGGAGAACACUUGAAAGUUAUGCUGCCUUCUGUAGCUUAUUACUUUAUCUCAGGUCCUUGGCGAAUUAUGUGGGUCAGACUUGGAUAUGAUCCUAGAAAAGAUCCAGCCGCAAGAAUAUAUCAGACGUUGGAUUACAGGCUUAAAGCGAUGCACGGAUUGGAGUCGACGGUCAAGUGUAAACGUAGUUAUUCAAACUACAUCUUACCUUACAAACUUGCACCGGCUUCCAAGUCGAAGACAACUAUUCUCUCUGCAACUAUACCGGAAGAGAAUAGAAAGAAAAAAGAAAAGCAUCUCCGCAAGAACGUUUAUAUCUAUGAAGAGGGAACUGUACCUCCUUCCAGACAAAUGUUUUAUCAGUACUGCGAUGUUCAUGUCCCAGAAAUCCAGGAGAUGUUGGAAAAGUUGCCUAAUCCUUCACCAGAAACAAAGUGUCACGAAAAAAUGGGGUGGCUACCAGUAGGAUUUGAUGAUCACUGUAGAGAAAUCAUAAAUAAACAACUCAGAGGUGUGCUGAGAAAAAGAAUGAAUAUUCCAGAAGAUCACCCGACAACGUUGCCUAGCAGGCGUGGGAAGCUAAAAUUCAGACGAUUUAAAAAGCAACGAGCGCAGAAAAGCCACGUAGUUAAUUCCGAUUCCUCCUCGAUUCAUAUGAAAGUGCUUCCCGACAGAUCUGACGAGGAGUCAGAAGAUAGAAAUAACUGCAGUGUGCCAAGCACGAGUCAGCAGGAUUCAUAAUAUUUUGUAUACGCAAGAAUAUUGGCGGAAAAUUUUCAUUAUACAUUCAAAUAAAUUCUUAAAUACUUAA